AUUUGUCACAAAUGAAAUAAAAUAAAGUCCGAAAUUAAAAGUAAUUGACAAAAUUAAUUUGAAAAAUGACGCAUGCGCCGUUUUAACCUGUAACACGUUGGUUUUGUUUAUCAAACGUGUAAUCGAUCGAUGGAGUUGUCUGUUUAUGAUAUUUUACAUAAAAUGGCUUUUAAUUUUGGUUAAACAUGAACUUAAUUCUUUUAGAAAGGCUGAAGAGAGGGCAGAUAUUUUCUUACUUAAUUAUUUUAUUUAUUUUAUUCAGAGGAACCGUACCAUAUAAUACAAAUUUUCAAUUCUGGGCUGAAAUAUUGACAGUAAAAAUUCCUCCUCUAGGAAGUAUUGAUGCAUUCUUAGAAGGAAUUUUGUUACAGACUUCGAAUCCACAAUGCAAAAUAAACGUAUUUCAAAAUUACACGAAGAUGAUAACUGUUAAGGAGAAAUUGAAGUGUGAAGGUUUAUCUAAAACUCAGCAGCAAAAUAAUUGGCAAAUGACAGUACUUGAAAAGGUUAGUUGA